AUGACGCAAAUUCAAGACCAAGCAAGGACAACAACGAAGAUGGGGUGGAACACGUUGGUGGUGGUGCUGAUGUUAUGCAUCGUCGCCGUGGUGGUAGCACCUCUCGGCUUGGAGCUCAUGCUCACCAUCGCCGAAAGGUUUGGCUUUCCUGGUGUGCGACGGAGCCGUGCCAUGUUCAGAGUGGCAGCAGCCCUUGAUCGCGGGAGUGUGAUGGCCGAGUACGGGGUGGCUGUGGCAACACUGGCCAUGAUCCUGGUGCCCAUCUACUUGCACUUUUGGGAGUACGCGCCGUUCUGGGAGUCCACGCACCGGCACCAGCACGACACGUUCCACUUUGUAGUGUAUCACCUGCUGCCGUCUGUUUGGAUCAACUCCAACCUCCUCUACCACUUUUACCUCGCCUGCACUAUCAAGCCCGAUUCUCCGCGCCCAACCAACAGAGGACGGCGAUGCAAGGUGUGCAAAGGCCCAAAACCGCUUCGAAGUCACCACUGCUCGACGUGUAACCGCUGCGUGGAGAAGAUGGACCACCACUGCCCAUUCACAGCCAACUGUGUUGGCAAAGGGAACCACAAGUACUUUUAUCUCUUCGUGACGUACGGGUGGUUUGCGACGGUGUACGCGCUCUGGCUCUCCAUCCACCCGUACUUGGAGUGCGUGGAGAUGGCAGAUGUUACCGCCGACAAGGACGCGGGGCUGGGCGAAGAGGUGGAGGAAGAGGCCCCAAACAUGUUUGAGCACUGCGAAGGAUGGGACAGCCUGAAGGUUCGCCUGUUCUUUGCCUCUGUCGCCGCGGCUGCACUGCUCACGGCGUUCUGGCUCUUUGUCACGUACCUCGUCUACACGGACACGACGACGAUUGAGUUUCUCAGCUUCUCCGAGCGCAAGCGGCAACGCGAGAGCAUCACUGUCAACAAGGAGCCACACUUGCUCAACAACCUGCAGGACGUGCUUGGGCCCUGGCGCUUUUGGUGGAGGUGGCUUGUUCCCGUCCCGCUCUUGCACCACAGCAUACCGCAGUGGCACGAAGACAAGUAGACAAACAGAGACGCGA